GUUCCAAAAGCGUAAUGCUGUCACGAGGGGGUAGGUAGGUUGCGAGGUUUGAAUAAGGAAGUUUACAUGGUACGGGCUUCGCAUUUAGUUCAGUGUUUGCAAAUAGAGUAACUUCAUCACCAGUGAGCAGUGGUCUGCCAACGGGGAAGCAAAACAACGCUUCUUUGCAGUGCGUGCUAUUUGCAUUAGCUACAGAUAGGUUUGCAUGUGAAAUUAAAACAAGGAUCUUACUUGCCUGUUCGUGAUUGACCAACAUUUUGAAUAGCAUCUUGAUUCUAAAGAAAAAUAUUUAAGAGCAGCGCUUUAGCCAACAUUUGGGAUUUGAAAUGGAUGUUCUACCCAUGUGCAGCAUCUUUCAGGAACUUCAGAUUGUACAUGACACUGGCUACUUUUCAGCUUUACCAUCCCUGGAGGAUUACUGGCAGCAGGUAACAUUAUUUUAUCCGUUAAUUUGAAACUGUUUAAUUAAACUGAAAUAAAGAUAAUAUGUGACCAAUCAGACCUCUGUGUUGAUUGGCUGUUAGCCUGGCAUGACUAUAGGCUACAUGAGUUCAAGUAUGUGAAAACGAAUGAUACAAUAAUUGAUACAAAUGGAUACAUUAUAUCCUACUAAUAUACUUUGUGACGAUAUUCUACAGACCUUUGUGUCUGUGGUCAAACAGCUCCUCGUGCAUAUUUUUUUCUUAAUUUUAAACAAAAUGUAGAUCGUCAAUUUGUCAACUUAUUUUGUAGUAGAUGAUCAUGAAUUGUAACAGUGGCUGAAGCGUCAGUAAGUUACAAAUAUGCAGAAUUCCUUGGCCAGCUGGAUGUGUCAAAUUCGCCGUGCGUGUGUUAGAGCAUGUCAAAAAUAACCAAGCGUUGUUCGUAUUUCUAGGGAUACCUCCGAAUGGAGGACUAAACGUGUUAUUUAACCGGUUACCCACAUAUGCACAAGUUAUGUCCUUAUCUUGUUUUAUACAGAUGGCUGAUUCGAAGUAGAGCAUUGUUGCCCGUCAAAGCACAGCAGUCUAGUUCAGUGAGCCAGUGUUUGACAGCUCCGGAGUCUCACUUGAAAUGAAUGGGACGCGACCAAUAUAAUUUCUAGCAGUGUAGUCUAGUUUUGUGAUAUUUCUGAGCGAUGUUAUAGGCUACUUACAGUAGCCUUCAUAUCGGAAGUGAACUCGAAAGCAAUGCUUUGGUUCAAGUAACGGAGUUGUUGUCGUUCAAAAUGCUGCGGAGCGGAACUCGUUCGUAAGCGGAUCUGUUGAAGUAGUCUAACCAGAAUCCAGCCAAUUCAACAAUUUCAUUUUGAAAGUGGAUACAAUUUACACCAAUAAAGUGUAACAUAACUGACCCUUCGUAUUAAUCAUGACGGACUGCCUCGUUUUUACUCAUUUUUCUAAAGAUAUUUGCAGUUCAUACGUGAUUGAAAUCGAUCCAAGUAGUUUCCUUAAGGCAUUUGCGAUUUGGCACGGAGCCAACUUCUUCCUCGCUGUCAUAAAAGAGAUUUAACUCUUUCAACACAGCCACAGAGAAAUACUGUCGAGACUGGUAGUGGGAAAUAUUUAGCUUAUUUUUACUAAAGAGAACUGGAAAAUGUAUUUUACUUAUCAAAAGCAUAGUUUUAACUCACUUGAUAACACUGACCAUUUAUUUGCAUGUCGUUCAGUGGGUUUCAGUAUGCUCAUAUCCAGACUAUCAAAUGUCAGCAGUGACCAAUUCCUGUGCGCAUGAGUAGAUAGUAUUGCAACUGGAAAUUAUUGGUUUAGAUUGUGGUAGGGGCGUUAUGCACUUUGCCUGGGGCAGAAUUAUUUUCCUCCAACUGUUCUUGUCAAACCUACAUGCUGCCAUACCUCCAAGCAGAUGACCCUGUUUUUAAUGAAUCCUCAAGCUAUAGUAUCAACUGAAUUAAUGUAUUAUAACGAAUGGAGAAACUAAGUGACAGAGUUCUGGGGGGUAGGAAGGAUGUGAUUACAUGCAAUGCAUCGUGUCAGUCAGUCUGUGGCAACUGAAUGAGUCUUGGGGAAGCAGGAAGUUCAGUGGCUUCCUUAAAAGGACACUAAAUGUGCUCUGUGAGUCAUUCAUUGUACCACAGAACUGAGAAUGGAUGUUCCCUGUUCCUCCACACAUAUACACCACUUAGGAUAUGCAGUUUAUGACUGCUCAAUUUGAGUAUGUAAACAUGUAACCUAGCUAGCUUGAAUUUGGUCACAACCAUGUGAUAGUCAAGAUGAGACCAUUUCUUGUUUGAACAUGUGUUUUCGUACUAGUGUGAAGCUAUGGUUUACCCAGACUAACCUUAGCUGGUCUGCCUUGUGAGCCAAAGGAAACAAGUGGCACAAGUCUGUUGUCAUAAAACAUCAAUGCAGUUGAUACUGCUUCAUUUGUUGGUUGUCUGGUAGCUCCCAGAAAUGCAAUACACCUGUGAUGCACCACCUCUUCUAUAUAUUUUAAACAUCUGUUUUGUUUGUUCCUGAACCAGACAUGCUUGGAGUUGGAGCGGUAUCUACAGAGCGAGCCUUACGUCUCUGUGACAUCCGACAUCAAGUUGGAGCCGCAGGAGCAGGACCUCUGGAGCAAGCUGAUCUUGGCCUGCGGUGAUAAAGCGAUCGACUCCGACCCGAAGAUCCCUCUGGUCAAAGAAGAGGACAAUCAGGAUGGCCAGAUCUUGGAAACCAACAGUGUAAACUCUGACGCCAGCAGCGAAGCUUCAGACAGUUCCGUGGAGCUCUCGCCGACACACAGCUUUACCUUGAACCCUCUGGGGUCGGUUCUGGCCGGUGCUGGACCUUUUAGCCCUUCUAUCAUUAGCACUCCCCCAUCCUCCCCAGAGGUCAGCUCGGAACCCAGCAUCUCACAAGGCUGGGGAAGCGUACACACAGAAUUGACCUUGCCGGUAAAAGUCCGGACAGGCGGCAUCGGAAAGAACUCGGCAAAGACUGGGCUGGUUGCCGGAGAUGCGUCACCGGACGGGAGGAGACGGGUGCACAGGUGUCACUUCAACGGAUGCCGCAAGGUUUACACAAAGAGUUCCCACUUAAAAGCACACCAGCGCACUCAUACAGGUGAGAAAGCAGACAUUUCCCUAUGCUAUCACAACCCAGGCCUCUGCAUUGCAUAACCUUGGGGAAAAAAACAAACCCUUUUUGGCGGAAGUGACAAUGAUAGCACUAAGUUUCCUUACUUCCUCACCGUUACACAAAAGCAAUAUCUUAUUUGACUGCAAUUCUUUAUUCAACCAAAUGGUAUUGUCUGUCUGGUUAGCUAGUUGUAUAAUGUAAUUAAAGAUCCAGAUCCCGUUCAUUGCGUGUCCUCAUGCAGCCACAAAGAGAGUGCCACACAGUGCACUCACUCUGAGAGUAUUAGCCGUACAUGACUGGAUACCUAAACUGUGACCUAAUCUAUCUGGAAUGUGUCUGAAUGCUGUGGGGGAGGGGAGGCAGUCACACUGAGGGGAUGCAGUCCCAGUGCACAUGGGAAAACAAGGGACUUGAUCUGCAUCCCAAAUAGCACCCCAUUCCCUUUAUAGUGCACUACUUUGACCAGAGCCGUAGUACGGGUAGUAGUGCACUGUAUAGGGACUAGGGUGGCAUUUGGGAUGCAGCCAUUAGCCAUGGCUCUUCAAAACUGAUUGUUUCACAGUGGGAAAGGGGAGGCUGUUGAGUGGGGGCCUGUAUGGUCAUUUGACCGUCCCUAGUUUUUGUUAUUAGCAGCAAUUGCACAUGUGGUUCUCUAUGGGCUCUGACCCUUGAAGACUGCUAUUACGUCCGGCAGAUAAGAGGACUUUCUGCAUUCCAAAACAUGUUUUGCGUUGUGUUAGCAAAGUGUAACCGGUUCAUUUGAAUUUAGACCAAGUGUCUGUCAAUGAAUAAAGUUGUAUAGCUGUCAAGUGACUACCGGUGUCACCUCAUCUAGCCUAUGAGUCAUUUCCUUUCUCUUUACUACCAAAGGUCAUUGACCAGAAGAAAGCUCACAAUUUACAAAUACUUUAGCUUAGCACACUGCAUUUUUCACAUUGAUUGGAGGUAAAAAAUGUAAUGUUCAAUAUUACAUACAUUUCACAAUAUUAAUGUUUUUCUCUUGUUUAUUUCAUAGGUGAGAAACCAUACAGGUGUUCAUGGGAGGGCUGCGAGUGGCGAUUUGCACGAAGUGAUGAGCUAACCAGACACUUCAGGAAGCACACUGGGGCCAAGCCAUUUAAAUGCAGUCACUGUGACCGGUAAGCUCAAUCACUCUGCUAUCUACAAUAGAGACCACCUGCACCUGAGUGUUUACCCAAUCCCUCUUGAUACCAUUUAAUCAAGUGUUAGAAAAUAAUGAUUGUUUUACUAGAGUUGUAAGGUUGUCUGUUCAUUCAUUGAUGUGAAUAGCAUUGCAUUGUUAACAAGUGCUUCAUGAAAAUGCUUAGUCAAAUGCAUAAUGAAAUUCUUAAAAUAUGUAAUUAUAUUGUAAGGCUGUUUAUGUUCAAUUUGAAUCUGUACUUGUAUCCUUGACACAUUUGUUGGUUUUUGUAGUAGUGCUACUACUACUACUACUACUAUUACUACUACUACUACUUUUUAAGUACCCUCCAGUUCACACUUUCCGUCUCUCUCUUUCAAGGUGUUUCUCCAGGUCCGAUCACCUUGCCCUCCACAUGAAGAGACACCUCUGAGCGGGUCGGAGCGGAGCGAUGUUAGCCGUUUAGUGAAACUAACAAACGCAGCGAAAGGAAAUGUCGUCUCCUAACCAGCCUCAUGGUUGAACUGCCCUUGAGAGGAGCAAGCUAGGGGAGCGUGUUCUAGCCAAAGUAUGCCAUUUUGCACCAUACCCAGUGCCUCCGGGAUGGAUGGACCCCUUGGAGAAGGAAGGCGCUCUGAAGAUUGCCUGUCCAAAAACCACAACAACAGAGGACAAAAUCAUGUACAGACGGGAGGAAGCAGCCAAUUGAAUUGAGGGACUUGAAAUAAAAAGAGAAAAAAAAAUAACUAAAACAAAGACAAAAAAAACGAAUGAAUGAGUUGUAUGUGUGGUUGGUGCAUGAUGUUUUUGAGGUGGCGCAACUGUCUCCUGGACAACUGAUACACUGGUACUGCUUUACAAAAACUGUUGUCUGAGGUAAGCAUGUGUGCACUGUGAAUGUCUGACUUGGUUGACUGGCCUGUGUGCAAAGAGGGGGAAGCAAAGGCGGUCUGGUACCAGUGUUGCUGUGGACUGAAUGGUGUCAGGGAGCAAGUUUUUUUUUUCUUCUUGUAGUCGUGAGUACGGGUGUGUGAGAACGUGUCUGCCUGCCUGACUGUCAAGCAGCAGCGAGACUGAGUGAAGAUUGGGGUUUCUCGCCAGAAGCCUUGAGGGGUUGUGGUGUUGAGUGGUAGGGUGGGGGUGAUGUGUUUUGUUCCCCCCCAUUCAGCAACCCAGGCCAGGGCAGAAACUCCAUAAUGUGAGUCCUGAGUGAGAGGAGCUUUUUUUGGUGUUUGGUGCAGCUACUAAAUGUGCAAUGUGUUACGUAGCUUGUUUUUUACAAGUUACAAAGCAAAUUUUUAGUCCAUUGUAUAAGCUGUGUGCUUAGAGGUAUAACACAACUAUACUAUAACUUCAGUAUCAUAGACAGGUGUUGCAUGGUUCUAGGGUUUGUUCUCUCUUCCUGUUAUUCUGUAAUCAGGACUGCAAAUAGAUUCCAAUAAAAGCGCAGCUAAAUACGAACGGUUAAAUGUUACAAUAUUGUACAUAAAGCCUUGAUGAUUUUUUAAAAUUACUUCAGUACUUCUCUUUCUCUCUCUUUUUGGUUUGAGAAACCAUUACUGCUUACUUAGCAACUGAAUCAUUCAUUCAUUAAGCUAUUUUUUUCUUUCACUCAUCUAUGCCUUGAGGACUAUCGAAUUUGAUUUUGUAUAUCUUCUAUUCUACCUGGUAAUGCACUGUUGAUGACCUUAAUGGUGCCUUAUGCAAGUGACCUAUCCUUGUGGGAUGGAUGACUACUCCUUGGGGGGGGGG